CCGGUUCCUCCUGGCUCAACUAGCGCCUGGGGACUGCUAGGCCUGUGCGCGCGCCCGGCAGAAGCACGUGGCUCUUUGAUUGCCACGUAGCAUCUGCUGUAGGGAUGUGAACGUCCGCGACAGGUGGGCAGGGGUAGCGCCAGGAGUGAAGAUCGACGAUGAAUUGCAAUACGUGGCGCAGCACUCCGGGCGAGGGAUGGAGAUGGAAGGGGAGCUACAACGUGAAGCAGUUCGACUACAGGAUCAGCUGUUUUAUAAUGAAGACGAAGUCUCGCUUACAGAAGUCUGAAGGUGAGCAAAACGAUGAUCGCGAAGCACGAGGAAUGGAGAUGGAAGAGGAGCUACAGCGUGAAGCACUUCGACUACAGGAUAAGCUCUACCAUAAUGAAGACAAAGUCUCGCUUACAGAAGAUUCUGAAGGUGAGCAAGAUGAUGAUUGCGAUGUUCUUCGCUAUUAUACAAAUAUCUGCGCUAUAGGUGAGAUCUGGGAUUCUGGAAGAGGGGCGAGUUGUGCUGUUGCUGUGAGUGAGUGCGACGAGUAUGAAGGGGGGGGAGAAAAAAGGUGGGUUAACCUGAUGGCACUCUCUAACGAGGCUGAGGAAGAGAGUGCAGUUGGGGAUGGAGAGAGGGAAUAUGCCGCUGAUGACGCUGGUGAGUGGGAGGUUGGGGAUGAGUGUGUAGAUGGUCGUGGAGAGGGGGAUUAUGCAACUGAUGACGUGGCUGAGUGGGAAGGGGAGUGGGGACUAUUGGCAAUGGUGGAAAUGGCUGCAGCGGCAGCGGCGACGGCAACAGUAACAACAACAACUCCAGCAACAAUGAUAAUGGAGGUGGAGCAGGGGUCGGAAGAAGGGAGGCAAGGAAUGGGCGUGAUUGGCGAGACGGGUGGGACGGUUGACAACAACAAUGACAAUAAUAACAAUAGUAACUUUAACAACGGCGGCGAGCGGCGAAUGGGCGAACUGGGUGGGAUAAGCGUGAAGGAGGAUAACAACAACAACAACAACAACAACAACAACAACAACGGCGACACCAACGCGAUGGAGAAGAGGGGAGAGAACAUUGACAACAACAACAACGAGAUGGUAGAGAUGGGUGAGGAUGUUGACAACAACAACAACAACAACAACGACAGCAACAACAACAACAACAACGACAACGACAACAACAACAACAACAACAACAACAACAACAACAACAAUAACAAUAACAACAACAACAAUAACAAUAACAACAACAACAACAGUAACAAUAAAAAUGACGGUGAGCAGGGAUUGGGGGAAAAGGGUGUGGUGGCGGAGAAGGACGACACAGACAACAACAGCGACAGCCAUAUCAAUAACAACAAUAACAAGAAGAAUAACAAUAGCAACGAAGAUGGAGGAAGUGACAGCCACGGAGGUAGCGGGGCAGAGAGUGGUGCUUCUGCAGCCUUGAUCUCUAUCAGCAUCAUGGGACAGAUGCCGUCACCAGGGCAGUGGAGGGGAUCUCGUAGCUUGUUGCGGAUGGCGAAGUGGGGCUUGAGGUUGAAGGUACGGUUUGGUACUGUUCCCCCCCACCCUUAGUGUUUUUCCAUGUUCAAUUGUCUCUUUUUCUCUGGCACCGGGUGGGGAUAGGAUAGAUGAUCUUGCGAUGAUUAGGGUUGAUUGCCUCUUACCAGUCUGACCCUCAACUCUUAAUCAUGAAUGGAUUGUUGAGGAUUAUGCUUGUUAUCGCUGGUGAGUAUAUGCGCAAAUUGAGAACUACACACAUCAUUGUAUAGGACAUAUAUGCUGUAUGAGCAGGAGGUCAAUCCUUCCCCUGAGCUGGGAAGUAAUCAAUGCCUCUGCUCCUU